UUAGGACAGGCUAGCGAGCAGCUAGUCGCCAAGGCACGGGGACGCGCGUUCGUUCGCGUGUAACAGAGUAGGCGGGGCCGUCGGCGCGCGCGCUCCCGUAUGUAAAUGAGCGGGCGUGAGGUCAGAGGCAGAUGGAAAAGGGAACAGAGAGAAUGGCCGCCGCGGCUCCCGCUCCUGGCGCCUCGCAGUGCCGGAGCCCCCGCUGCACGGCGGAACGUAGGGGAGUCCGCCGCGAACUCGACUCCUGGCGGCACCGGCUCAUGCACUGUGUGGUUUUCCUCCCCAGCAGGCAUCCAGCAGCACCACUGCAGCUCCAGGCAACCACUAUCAACCGCACACAAGCACAAGGGGAAACUGCUAGGGAGGCGGAAACAAGGCCUCACCUCUAACAUCCCAGCCAAGCAGCCCGUACACACCAACACAAGAAGCAGAGGUUUUGAAAGUAUUUUAGAAGGGCUUUAUGGACCAAGGCUACGAAGAGACCUCAGUUUAUUUGAAGACUGUGAACCAGAAGAAGUGACUGACUGGUCUAUGGAUGAAAAAUGUUCCUUUUGCAAUUUACAUAAAGAAACAGUCAGUGAUCAUACGGCAAUUAUUGGUUCUUUGCAGUCAACACCUACAGAGGAACUAUCAUCUCAGGGCCAGUCCAACACUGAUAAAAUUGAGUGCCAAGCAGAGAAUUACCUAAAUGCACUCUUUCGCAAGAAAGAUCUUCCUCAGAACUGUGAUCCUAACAUUCCCCUAGUUGCUCAGGAAUUAAUGAAAAAGAUGAUCCGUCAAUUUGCAAUUGAAUACAUUUCGAAGAGUAGUAAAAUGCAAGAAAAUAGAAACGGUUCAUCAUACGAAACAAAUAUGAUACAUAAAGGUAUCCAAAUGAACCAAACAGAAAAUUCACUUCAGGAAGAACAGGAUAGCCCUCUAGACCUCACUGUGAAUCGAACACCAGAGCAGGAUACUCAGCAAGGGGAUGGAGUGCUAGAUCUCUCUACAAAGAAGACAAGUGUGGGACAGUCAGCAAAUGAUGGAUCAUGUUCUGAAAAUUCUGUGUCUGGUUCAAGUACAGCAGCUGAUGCAAAAUCAGAGGAAACAACUAAAUUGGAAAGAGGAAAUUCUGCUCUAAGCAAGGUUUUGGAAUCGUUAUGCUUUUAUCAUUGGCAUCAGAUUUUAGCUAUGUUGAAUUUUCUAUUCCAAGAACCGUGUGUCCAUUCUGUUUGCAAUUGCCAACUGCCACAUACUAUAUAUUCUGAAACAUCUGAAGAUGAUGUGCACAUUCCAGUCUGCGGUUGUGAUGGCAACAUGCUGAUGAAGAGGUGCUGUUUACAAAAUCAAAGACCAAAUACUUGUUUGCCAUCUCUGCCAGUCUGUGUGAAAGACUUGGAUUGCUUGUCAUGCCAGUCUGUGACUGUUGGAUAUUUUAACACGGUUGUAAACAAAGGGAAUCCUGUGCCUUAUAGUCCUCAUAGGUGCUGCUCCAAGCAAUUAAAACAAUGUACGAUCCACUCUGCAAGAACAGCACUUUGUACACAUCUCAUUGCUGCAGGCCAAAAGAUUAACAAAGCUAGCAGAGGUCGCAGUCCUUCACCACCUCCGUUAUCACCUGUGGAAGCUGAUGGAUAUGCUUAUUUGGAGGAAUCAGUUGAAGGUUCUCCAGCUUUAGAUAAUAGACUUGAAAUGAAUAGUAGUCAGCCUCCUUCCCUCUUGCCAGCUGAAAGAAGUUGUACUGUGUGUGAACAUAACAAUAAAAUAUGCAUUGCAGAAGUGUCUUGUAAUGUGGAUGAAACCUUUCUGAGUGCAAAUCAAGAAACUAGCCUUAUAAACUCUGAUAAGCUUGAAAGAGUUGAAAAUGCUACUGCAUUUCAAGACUUAAUGGAUCGAAUAAAUGAGAAAUUAAAAUCAAUAGAGACAACUGAUGCAGCAAAUCUUGCAAAAUUAUCUAAGAGUGAUGGGAGAACAGAAGGUGAUAUUAAAUUACGGAGCUUCAUAACAACUCUUUUACAUGAUGCUAAGGCAAAUGAUUACAAUUUUAUGGAGUUAUUGAGCCAGCAUGACAAAGAAAUGGAAAAUAAAAUUAUCCAAACAAGAUUUCGCAAGCGACAAGAAACCUUGUUUGCAAUGCAUAAUACCCCUGAUUCAUCACUGUUUAGAAGACAAUCUUUGCAAAUUAAAAGAGAGCUAGCCACUCUCGAUGAAACCUUCAUAAGGAAAAAGUCAAAUACAGAGAGGAAUGCUAAAAAGACUACAAAAAAUGACAAAUCAUCACCCCCCCAAAAUGAAAAUCAUAGUAUAUUAAAAGAUUGUGGUUUACAAAAUCAUGAAAAUAAAGAUCAGCUAUUUUCUCCCAUUAAAUCAAAGUCUUUGCCAAUUUGUCAAGAAGAGACAGUGGAACUACUUCUGAAUAAUUCAGAAAACAAUUCUGGUUUUGUGGCAUUUUCAAAAAAUAAUUCUACAACAUCCCAAAACAGCUUGGCUAAAAUGCAUGGAAAUUGUGGCGUUGAACUACGUACAGAUCUGGUCUCUGAGAAAGGAGAUGAUAAUAGAAUGUUGGAUAGGGCUAAACAUAACAUUAUCCCUCCUAUGUGGUGCUCUGUGUAUGUAACAAACAAUCUUUUAUUUCAAAAAUCCUCAAAGGCAAAAAAACCUCAUAUCUGCAUGGAAAGAGAAAAAAUGCUUAAUGGUUUACAGACCAAAACAUGUAGCAAUGAUGAUAUAAGUAAACUUGUACGAAACACAAAUCUACAUGUUGUUGUAGAGCGUUUGGAAGAUACAAUAAAUAUGGCCCACAAGGGUAAAAAGCCAUUACUUAACGGUUAUAACAUCUCCAGCAAACUGAAAGAUAUUCACAAGUGUGAAGCCAACAAUAAUUCGAAAAGUGGUCUUCUUAUUAGUAUGAAUGAAAGUGGAAGUAAGGGACAAUAUGUACUGUCACCAGCUCACAUGCCAUGUAGCAAUAAUAGCAAAAAGGACCAUGUGUCAACAAAAGAAAAAGAAGUAUCUGAUAAAGGAUAUAAAAGCCUUUUGAAAUCAUCAACACAUUCAGAUGUAUUGACUUCCAGUAAUGAGGACUUGCAAACAAGUUCUAAUGCAAGAGAUAGUUCUCCAACACUAAAUUACACUAGUCCUAUAAAACUUAUGUUCCUUUCAGAAAUUAACAGUGGUGAAGGAGUGAAAUACACACUAACCUCUGUAAAUGAUUCUGCUAAAUUAAACAUUGACCUUUAUUCUGUUCAAGGGAAAACAACUGACCUAUCAGAAAUGCAGUUGGAAGCCAGGGAUCCUGCUAAAACUGUUUCCAUUGAAGAAUGUGGCUAUGAAAAUAGUCAUAAAAAUGAAGUGAAUUCUUCUGUUUUUCCUGCAAUAGUUGGUAAUGAAAAAAAUGAUGUACAUAAACCAAAUGAAGAAACCAUAGAACAAAAUGGCAGUGGAUCCUCCCUGAAAAGAAAACCUGGACGACCCAAAAAAAUAGGCCCUCAAGUUGUGAAGCAGAUUAAGCGGCCAAUUGGCCGACCUCCAAAGCCUAAGGUAGAUAUUGUUGAAAAUGUCAACCAUAUAAGUGAUUCUAGCAGUGCUAGGAAGAAAAGUGCCAGCUCUAAUGUAGAGUUUCUAGAAGAGGAUAAUAUUAACAAAAAUAUUACUGUGACAAUUGUCUUUGGAAGGUCACGAAGGAAUAAGAGGUGUGUUUCUGAAGGUAGCCUAAACGUAGUCAAUUUGGUACCGAGUCCUCCCAGUAAUUGUAAUGAUGUAUGCGAGUCUGCUCAAGUGAAACAAUAUACAGAAACAAGGGAUAGUUUUCCCAAAACCAAAAGUAUGCAAAAUUCUACAACUGAAAGUAAGACCUCUGGCUAUGAGCAUGUUAGACCUUUAGAGAGCAGCCCGAUGCUACCAUCCCAUUGUAGUAAUAUCAUAAGACCAAACCAGAAGCCUUUAAAUAUAAUCAGAAAACCCGGUAGACCAGCAAAAAUAAAAAUAUCUGGCAUAUCAGUGACUGUUAAUCAGAUUUCAUCUCAGGAAAGAAAAGUGAGUAUUAGCAGCUGCCUGCCUCCUUUAGAACAAGAGACUGUGUUAGAAAAACAUGUAUCUUCUAAGAAGGUUGAUAAUCAAUGCAAUAAGAAGGAUGGUGCAAAAAGCUUUUGGAAUGAUACAAGUAAGCAUUUUUCAGAUGAGGUUAUUACCAUAGCCUCAAGAAAGCCUGAAAUCCCUUUGAGGCAAUCUCUUAGAGACAGAAGACCAUCGCUGCCUUUCUUACAUUCAUUAGCAUCUUCCAGCUCAUUAUUGUGUAGACGUGCCUUUCUACACAAAUCAUAUAAACUCUCUUUGAAAAAUGCUAAAGAUCAAAAACUAAAACAUUCAAAGGUGACACCCAAAGAUAUCUCAGUAAAUAAAAAUCCAGGAAAUUCAAAAACAGGUUCUGAGAAUAAUAAAUUCAGAUUUGCUAAUGAAAUAUCAUCGAAUCCCAUCAUUUCAUCCAAUUCUUCCCUUAGGUGGUGGGAUCCUUCCAUUUCUAAUGAUUCCUUGUUAAAAGAACUAAAUAGUAGAUAUGAACAGAUAACAAAUACUUGGUUGCACGUGAAUGGAGAAGAACUUGAAAAAUGUCUGUAUGAAGAAGGGUGUCAUAUUGAACAAGACUAUAGCAUUAAAGUAUCAAACCCUUUGGACACUUGCAUGUUACAGUUUGAAAAUUCACCUAUAAAAAUGCUUUUCCAGAAAAAAUGUAAUAUAGAUGAACUGUGCACAUGGUUUAUGCAAACAACAGAAACACAGUCACUGUCGUUAGUGAGAAAGGCAAAUGCUCGCAAUCCUUUUGAAGUAAUUAGUACGAAGCAGUUCAAAAUGGGAACAAGACAAUGUGAUUGUAAUACUAGUCCUUUGAGAAAGCACUUUAAAAAAUUUGCACUAUCCACACCAUCACAAUCGGCAGGAAAGUUACAAAUUCUACAUAAAAUAGUCAGGUCUCAAGUCUUAAACAGGAAACAUAACUUCACAUUAGCUAAAUUAAGAAGAACCAAAUUUGAGAAUUUACAGCAUGAUCGGUGGAGACAAGUGAAAAACCUGUAUAAUCAUGGAACAAAUGACUGGAAAUCAAAUAAGCGAAAAUUGCGAUUCUUGUGCCAAAGCCAGUGUUUUGCUGAUGCAAGUAAGAAAAUUAACAGCAAAAUGUGCUUGAGCCAUCGGAAUGGUACAGUACAAACUAAAUCACCCACAAUUCUGGUAGACUCUCAUAGAAUCACUUCAUCAACUGGAAAUGAAAUUACAGGUGCAUUUUGUCAGCAGAAAGCACAAUUGUCAGAUCUCAACACAAAGCCUGGCUUAAUAAAUAAUUGUAGACCAAACACACAAUCAGCAUAUUGCAACCAGAAAAAUAUUGGAAAAGCACAGGCACUUGGUAAAGGUAUGUGGAAAGACAAAACAUUUAAGGAUUGUAGAAUAUUUUUGAAGAAAAUCAAUCCUGUCAAAGAGCAACAUUCUUAUAAUAAAAACUCUGUUGUUUGCACUCCAGAACCUGCUGAUCAUAGUGCCAGUCACAGCUACUUUCAGGGGGAAAGGCAUAGUACUUUAAGGUCUCAUUCUGCUAAGCAGAGUAUGUCUGACAGAUGUGAGAAGGAUGAAGAGACAUCUAAAGGAGCUAAGAAUUCCAGCUUGGUGAAAGACCUAGGUAUAGAACAAGACUGCAAGAAAUCAAGCAAACGUGUCACUUUUGAUGAUGGCCCUGCUGAGGUUCCUAAAAAAAUGAAGAAGAGGAGGAGGAUGCAAUGUAAGCUCACCAACCUGAAUAUAAGAGAAAGGAAUAAGAGGCAAUUAUGCAGCUCUGGCCAAGUAUCAAGUUGUUACUCAAAGUACCAACUAGGGCCUCUUAAACCUGUUGGACUGCCUUUGCUGGGAGGAUUUGCAAGCAGAGCUGUCGAAUACUCCAUGAUCCCAUUUCAGUUGCCUCUUCAUGGAAGCUCCCAAGUCUAAAAGCAAAACCCAUGAAUUGUCAAGAUGAGUCCAUCUGUCAUGUAGUCCCUGAUAAGCAUGCAAUACUGUGAAUGAUUGUAAAAACUGAGCAAGUUAUUGCUAUAACUAAACAAAACUGCUUCAAAGAGCUAUACACUACAUUUCUGGAGGCUGUUUGGGUUGCUGCACAGCAGCGUGUUCCACCUGGGCUAAGAACUUAUUCUGAUGUUCAGGCAGGGUCUUCUGGGAAAGUGCCCUGGGGGAUUGCACCCAUUCUUAUAACAAAGAAAGCAUCAAAUGACUAAUGUCUGAACAUGCAUGCCAAAAUCUCUUUUAAGAAUGAUUAGUCAUUCAGUUGUAGUGCCCAGAAGUCACAUGCUUGGCAAACUGGCUUUCUGAUAUCCCCCCCCCCAAAAAAAUAUUGUUGUCUAACUUUUUGUGUGACAUUUUGUGUGUAUCUUGAGAUAUGAGUCUUAAGAUGUAUGUGUGGGUUGUUGUUGUUUUUUAAGAACCUUGGAAAUGACCCUGCAGAAAAUAGCAGCUUCAGAAACCUCUCUGGUAUAGUUGAGAUUGCUGUAAUGAGCCCUAUUAUGUAUAUUGUUUUCUUUGUGUUAAAAGCCUGCAGAGCUUCCUUAAAAUUGUCCCUUUGACAGCAACUUGAUUGGCAAGUUGUUUGAUAGUAAGGGAUCUUUACUGGAUACCUGGACUGUUAUCUCACCUGCAACAGGCUUACAGGAAUGCAACUGUGGAAGUUACAUGUUUAACUAGAUACCAUGUGGAAUACACUGGUACUCCUCGAGAAAAUGAAUAUAAAAGUCACUGGGAUUAGCAUUGUUGAUCCUUAUUUACCGUAGGGUUGGAAGGGUUUUCCCCAGCCUCAUCUCCAAUCUAGUCAUGAUAGGUGCACAUCUGCAUUGGCUAUGUUAGCAGAAGCUUGCUUCUCCACACAUAUCUCUCUUGUUGGUCCAGGGCACUAGUCUGUAUACUGAGCGUAGAGGAAACGGAGAGUGACUUGAAACUGUAUUGUUCUAGAUCAGGACUGAUGCUACCCCAUGAUUAUGAACUGUGUGUAGCUUGAAACGUGUAGGGUUCCUAGAUAUUAUUCCAGUAAUAAAUCUACCUCUGCACCCACUUAUCAAUUACAUUCUUGUACAUCAUGUACUUUUGAUGGAUUUCAGAAGUCUCCAAGAUCAUAGCUUUGGAAAAGGGUCUGUAUAUUCAAGGAAAAGAGGAUAUACUUCCAUGGAGGCCGAAAUAUUUCUCUCUGGCUUCUCCCCAGAGCCAGAGCUGCCAGGCUUUCAUCAGACAGAAAAGACAAUCAUCUAUAGCUUGGUUCAUGUAGUCUGCAGCUCUGCUCUUUCUUCCCAGCCUGAAGUAUCUGCAUGGAAGCACCAAGAAACAGUGCAGCAAGGGGUUUGUGCACAUGUAUAUCACUUGGAUGGUGUUUCUUUAGUAUUUGAGCAUUGCAGUUUAUGGUUUAGCUUUGCUUAAUAAACUGAUUUUAAAUUCAGAUUUUUUUUAAAAAAAAAUCAAUCCACAGUGUAUAAUCAUAGUAGGCAUUUCUCAAAAGAAUUUUGUGUGUUCAUCUACUCAUUUUGCAAAUUAUAUUUUAAAUAAAUGUAUUAAAAAUGCCAGAACAUUUUACAUUUUGCAAUGAUUUAAUACAAGCAGAAUAAAUGGAUUGUUAGAGAUUUGGCAAAAGUAACUAUAAGAGAAAUCCAUUGCAGGCUGCUUUCUACAGUAUCUGUUCCAGCAGAGCUAUGUAAACCUUUGCACUAUAACGUAUAAUUAUGCCAUCAAUAGUGAAAAAGGCACUUAUAUACCUUUUAAAAAUUGUCAUUGUGUGGUUGCUUUGACAUUUCUACUCAUGAACCCCAAAUUAUCAAUCUGCAAACACAGUAAUGCUCAUGGCUCCUUUAUCUCAUCAACCCAAUGGGGAAAUGUCUAGACUGCAUUCCUUUUCCCCAGCAGGGAGAUUGAGGAGGUAUUCCAUGAGCAUAGUAUGCACAGAUCCCUGAAUGUAGGUUCCCCUGUGCAUGGCUGAUAGAUGCAAGGGAUUCCAUAUCCCCACAGAAGUCAUUGGAAAUAGUGGGAUGGUCUACCCACAGGUCUACCUGUGUACAGAUCAUCUCCAGGAUUAUCAUCUUUUUAGCAGUCAGGUAGUGCCUAAGACUGGGAGGAGUAUCCUCAUAUAUAGGCUCUAGAAGUAGGCAGAGUAAAUCUAAGAAUUUGAUCAUCCAAGAGCUUGAAGUGGCUCACAAUGAUACAUUAAAAGCACAACGCUCAAAUAUAGAAAAUAAUAAAUGUUUGGAGACUGGAAAUCCAUCUUGCACUUGAUGCUUAACCUACUCAAUAUCUAUUUUUUGUAAAUAAGCGUAUUUGGCCAUAAACAAUGCUUGCUUUUCAUGGAUUUUUUAGAUUUAGAUUGUUAUGAAUGGUAAGCAAAGCAGGGAAGCAUGCAGUUACAAAACCAUGGCUUUCUGGGUCUUGGCCUCGGCAACUACACUUCCUUAAAAAAAAAAAAGGUAAGAUUUUGAUCAAUGGAAUUAACUGACGGUCCCUUGCAGCCUUCUUCCAAAUAGCAAACAUGCGGAGUCAUUCAUGUAAGACUUGUGGUGUUAUACUAGGCAUUUGGAUGUUUACAGCAGCAUAGUUCCUAUACUAUUUGAGUUGAGUGUUUUCUAAAGAUGUGCAUGUUUUAGGUGGAGCAACUAGCGUUGGACUUGUAUGAGUUAAAAUCUCAAUGCUGCCAGUGACUAAUUUAAUAGUAACCUUGAUAGUCACUAGUCGCAAUCCAUCUGUAGUUCUAUGCAGCUAGUGACCCCUGUUGGGGAUGCACACUACAACCCCAUCACAUCCGUUCUGUGGUUGUACCCAAAUGCAGCACUUGACAUUUCCCCAUAAAAAGCAGCAACAGCUACUUGAGUGUAUUGACACACUUACUGUCCCUAAACCUGUCAAUAAGUGUUAACAUACUAAGUAGAAAACAUUUUGCUGCUUAAUUGCCCAGAAAAACCAGGUUCUCUGUAAGGGAAUGUCAUGGCCUGGGAACAUGGUGUUGAACUGCUGGGGUCAUUAACUCCAUUCUGUUGCUUGAGCCAAAAUUAUGUAACUAUAAUGAGUUCCUCUGAGAGAAAAAGGUAGUUCAGGCACUUCAUUAGAUUAACUAACAAGACACCAGUUAUCUAUGUUUGUUGAUCAGGGAGUACUGGAAAUAUUUGUUAGCAGAAGUUACAGACAGAUGCCUUUUAAAGAGGCUGUUGAGCAUGAUUUAUAGAGCAUUGAAGCUCUUUGCCUACAAAAACACAGAUGAAUUCCAAUUGGGUUCAGUUGCACAGGAGUAUUGGAAAUAUAGUUGUGGUUCUUCCCACAGAACCUUUGGAAUAUAUGCCCUCCUGGGAGGAAGGGCAGGACAUAAAUUUAAUGGAAUGGGAAUGGAGUGCCUUCAAGUUGGUCCCGACUUAUGGCGACCCUAUGAAUAGGGUUUUCAUGGUAAGCGGUAUUCAGAGGGGGUUUACCAUUGCCUCCCUCUGAGGCUGAGGGGCAGUGACUGGCCCAAGGUCACCCAGUCAGCUUCAUGGCUGUGUGGGGAUUCGAACGCUGGUCUCCCAGGCCGUAGUCCAACACCUUAACCACUACACCACACUGGCUCACAUAAAUUUAAUAAAUAGUAAUAAAUAGGCUGAAAUCGUUCAAGUGCUGCACUCUCAGACUAUGAAUCCAUGCUAUUUAGAUUAGCGCAAAGAGAUUCAAUAGCUGCCUUCCUCUGCAAGUACUGCUGCCACCACAGAAUAAGUGUAGUAUAUAAGUAAAGGCAAGGUACAAUUUGGCUAGUUCUCCGUCCUGCACCAACCUCUUUCACAUUGUGUGAAAGGUUCCCUAGCCCUCAGGUAUGGGGGAGGGGGAAGAAGACAAACAAGUCCCUUUCUCCUGUGCAUGGAAAGAUGAUCACAGGUGGGUAGCUAGCUCCACCUAGCGGUUGAAGGCAGAAAGAGCGCUGUUGAAUUAUGCCGGGACUUCCUGCUCUUUGCAGCCUUUCCCCACAAUUCUCUUUCUGCUUUCACCAAGAACAGUUGAUUCUGCUCUCUGCUCCUUGGUUCAGGCCUGUAUAGUUGUCUUUGUGUUUUAUAUUCUUUACUCCUGUUCUCCCUAGCUUUCUUUCCUCUUCCUUUUUCUUCAUUUCUCCCUCUGUGUUUAAAAAAACAACAACCCCCCCCUUUUCAGUGGGCCUCGGUUGUAGGCCGCUGCAGUGGGAGGUCUCCUUGGUGGCAGAAUCCCUCUCUUCCUGCUGCCCACAAGCUAGAUCCCCCCCUCUGUUUUUACUUGGCACGAAGAAGACUUGAAGCCACUUGCCGCCAUCCCGGCAGCGGCUCUAAUGGUGGCAUUCAAACACACACACCCCAGCAGGCUACAGCUUUAGGCCACUUCAGGAGGCCCUCUGAACAGCAGUGGAUUCUCUCCCACCUUUCUGUCACUGCUGAAGCCUUUGUCUCCUCCUGCCUGUUAAGGCUUGGCGCUCAGAAGCCUCCAAGUUUCCCAGCCUCGCAGCGGCUACACCUCAGCGACCUUAACAACGGCCUCCAAGCCUCCACUCGGCCUUAGUGGCAGACACACUCACAGCACCCUCCGCAGUGCAGCAGCCUCGCCAGGAGCAUGCCACUUUGAGAUUCAUUCCUCCCCCACCUCCUGCCCGCACCUGAGGACUGCAAAGUUCACGGCAGGGGUCAGCGCAAACUUCCCCUCCCGAGGCAUCCCUCCGGCAUUAAUGGCCAGCCGCCUGCUCUGUAAGUCCUGCAGCUCAGGUUGCUUCCAGUAGGGAGAGCAACUUGCAAAUCAACGGUCCCAGCCAAAAGGUCCAAGCCACUCCCACCUCCCCCAAAUGGGAUUCUGCACCAGUUCCUUUACCUAGACAGGCCAGGUACAAGGUGGGGAAUGACUUCAGAGGCAGAGGCAGCAUUAGCCUGCCCCUCUACCAGCAGGCACAACGUGGAUGAGGCAGGUGCAUUAGCGAGCAGGGUGGAUUCUGUUGCUUUGAGGGAUCUCAGCAACCAACAAAAGCUUCGCAGCUUGUGCGCAGAGGCAUGGACAGCCUGUAGGGCUCAAAGGGACCUGGAAUCUCUAUCAGAGGAGGAAGGUGCCCAACCCCCUCCUCCUUUAAACAACAUUUUCUCUAACAGAUCAUCUCCAGAACCCUUCUUGGGCUUCUAGGAAACACCUGUCUCUCUUCAAACCAUGCAAGAGGUAGGGGAGGGAGUGGCACAGCCUCAUCCUCAUUGUUCUUAUGCUCAGCCUCUACAGCUGCAAUUGUCUUCUCAAACACUACAGCCACUAAAGGAACAACUGAGGAAAUCUCUUUUGUUGGACCUGGCCAGAGACCUAUCCGUCACCAACACCCUGUGGAGAACAUGGCAGCAGCAGGAGGAUCCAAUCUAGUCCCAUCUAGGGCCCAUGUGGCUCAGAGACCCCACUCAUCCUCAAAUGUGCGGCCUCCACUUAAUUGCGCAUCACUGGAUGCCUAUGCCACCGCCCAGGGCAGACACCACCUCCUCCAGAGGAUUCGACAACUGACCCAGACAAUGAGUUAAUUGUUCUCUACGAAGAAUAGAGUGGGGAUUCAGAAUCUGAAGAGGUUUUGACCAACAGGAUAUUCCAGGAAGCCUACUUUAUUCCGCUCUUGUGGAAAGCCCUGGAAGCUCUCAGUUUAAAUUCCCUGGAAGAUCCUCCAGCCCCUUCAACGUCUAGAGUCUCUGCUAUGGAAGGGUGAUUCGCCUGUGCUGCCUCUGAGACAAGCUCUUGUCUUAGAUGAAGUUUUUUCAGCUUUAAUCAGUCAGAAUGUUUUGUUUUUUUUUUGACUGGUUAAGAUUUUCUCCUGGUCAGGGAGAAACGUGAGAUUAACCACAAAGCCUGUUUUUGUUGGGAGGACUAGAUUUCAUUAAUUUAUGAGAGAAAGUUCAGCCAGCGAAUGCCGGACGGACUUCCAUCGAAGCUCUUGCUGAUUAAGCGACACGUUUAUCUUUUCUCCAAAGAAAAACGAACUAACAGGCAAGCAUCCUUCUUUCCAUUUUUUUUUACUUGGUUUAAAUUGUGGCACCAAAAAGAGAUUUGUCAAUGAAUCAGCUAUAAGGAACUGGGUGAGUUAAAAAAUUUCUCUUUCACUCACGAAACUAAGGAGGAAAGAAAUCGAAAAAAGCUUAUCUUUGUUUUUAUUGCAAAAAGCGGGCCUGGAAAUGCAUUCUAAAGAUAUUAACGGAAGAGGGAUUUUUAUUUCGAGGAGGGGAAAAAAAUAAACAAAUUUGAUUUAUGAACUUUGGAGUAUCAUGUCUGGAACUAUUUUUUUUUUUUGGUCUAUUUCAUUUUGACGAAUCUGCUUACUCACGACGCCACUAACUGCUUGAAGCUGGGAACUAAACUUGUUUUGCUUUCCUGAAUAUAUAAGAGAUAAGACAGGCUGUAUUGAUGUCUGCAAGCCUGAAACAUUAACCCAAUUGUGGCUGAAAUAAUUUUUUGUUUUUGUGGUUUUAAGAAUGACAACCAGGAAAGUGACUGAGACCAUGGAAGAAAUUAUGUUUCAGAAAAUAAUGAGUGAGAUUGAGAUAAUGAAACAAACCCUGAGACAGGGCAGACAGGAGAUGAAAAUUGAACUUAGCAAAAUGAUGCAGGAGUUUAAAAAAAUAGGGGAUUCUGUGAAAGAGGAUUUUAAUGGGAUUAGAGAUGAGAAAAGAAAAAUUAAAGGGAAGAUACAAGCCAUGGAGACUGGAACAAAUGAGGAAUUGGAAAAAGAUCUGGAGUUUACGGAUGUUAGAAAUAAAGUUUACUGUUUGGAAUUCAACGUUGUCUCUGAAGAAACUAAUGAAGAUAUUAGUGAUAAAGUUAUCAACGUCUUGGAUAAUUUUCUUGACUGGAAUGAUGUGAUGGAGCUUGACAUAGAAAAAAUCUAUGGAAUUAAUUACAAAUAUGUGACAAUGGAAAAACUCUUAAGAGAUGAGCCAGUGCAUUUUGUAAAAAAGAAGAGCAGAGAAGUGAUUUUACAACAAUAUUUCAGCAACAUAUUUAGAAUUGAUGGCAAGGACAUAUUUGUGAAGGGGGAAAUUCCCAUCAGACUCUUGUUAUAUGACUAUGGCUAUGACAGCAAGAUCAUCAUGAGAUACUGAUAAUGGAUGAGUGGAUACUGAAACCACUGGAUUUAACAGGACUAUUGAAGAUGGAAGAUGGAAUUAAUAUUGAUAAUGGAAGAAUGGUUAUGGAAUUAUUGGACCUAAUAGAUUCGACGAGAUGGAUUAAUCGAUAUGUUUAUUUGGAUUAUGGCUAUGACAACAAGAUUAUUAUGGGAUACUGAUAAUGGAAGAAUGGCUACUGAAAUUACUGGACCUAAUAGAUUUGAAUCAAGAUGGAUUAAGCGACAUGUUUAUUUGGAGAAAAAUUGAAAGAUAUAUCUCUCAAGGAAUUGAAAUCUCUUUUGGACUUUUUGUGGAAAGAAUAAAGUAAUAUUUAUGAGAUUUGAUGAUUAAUUAAGAUAACUACUGGAGGAAAGUGAUUUUGUAAUAUAAUUUUAGAGAUAGGAUUGUUAUAUAUUGUAGACCUAUGGUUGAUCUGCGACAAAUCGGAAGUCAACAUUUUAUUUUUUUUGUAUAAUUGUUUUUGUUUUGUGUUGUUUUUUGUUUUUGAAAAUUUGAAUAAAAAUUAAUAAAAAAAAAUAGAGUCUCUGCUAUGUGUCCAGACCCAAAACCCAAGCAGAGGGUCUUUAAACUCCCAUCAUUGCUGCCUAAGGUAAUAAAGUCAGAAUUUGACAUCCCAUUGCAAUUUAAGAAGUCAGUCCUAAUUGUGAACAAGUAUCAUACCCUGGAGCAACACAUCAUGGAUCAAGUGAAAGUUCCCCUUGUAGACACCCCGAUAGUGAAUCUACUAAAUCCAUCUUUGAACCCGAAGGACUCAGAUGCUCAUCUUAAGGAUCUGAAUGAAUGCAAAAUGCACAAGGGCCUCAGGAGAGUCCAUGAGGCUAAUGCAUUGUCCAUCCGGGCAGUGUCUGCCCUCUUGAUAUUUGCUAGGGCCUCCCUCCUGUGGCUGGAAGACCUUUUAGACAGCCUACAGCAGGACUCAGCUCAAGUCCACAAGUCUCUAUUGAAAGUCACCUGGGCAGUAACUUUCAUGGCAGAUGCCUCUAUGUGUCAGCUCUGCACCGAGACAGCAGUGCAGGCGGGGCUGGAAAUUCCUGGGUAUUUACCAGGGCGGGAAAGUCCUUAGCUGGCAGCUUGGUCGUAAAUCUGCCAGGCUAACAAGGAUGAAGCGUGAUAAGGGCAAGACCCUUUCCAAGCUUAUGUGCCAAGCCAGAAGUCCAGAAGAGAGGUCAGUAGAGGUCCGGGUUCAAGUGCUAAGGGGUCAGUCCGAGAUCAGGUUCAGGGAAUCUGGAAACACACGAAGCCACGCCUGACGUUGUAGUCAGCAACAAGCUGAAGCCAAGGUUUGUCUUUUAAGGAGCAGGUUUGUCAGCAGGUGUGAGCCCUCGGCGUUUUGGCCUUAAGUGGACAGGCCUGCCCCUCUUCUGCCUGACCUUCUGCUGUCUACGUUCUGCAGGUGAGGGGGGAGUAUCCUGUUCACUGUCUGUAUCUGGCUGAAGGGCUUCAGCUGUGUCUGGGGUGCUCUGCAGCUGAGGGGGAGAAGGAGCUGGGUUCUCAGGAGAUUCCUCCAUUUCUCCUUCUGGGUCUGCUGCUUCUGGGUCUGCUGCUGUUACUCCCGAGUCAUCCUCGUCUGAUGAGUCCUCCGAUGGGGCCAUGACACCAUGGAUGCCAUGCAAUUUUUCAGCUAGAUCGUUAGCAGCUGGUAUCUUUACUCACAGGACCCUUUGGUUGCGCCACAGCCCACUCCACCCUUGCCUCUGCACCCUACAUGUGAGGCAAGUUGUUUGGCAACACCGCCCUCGAGGGUGUCCUGAAAUCUAAGGAAAAGAAAAAAAUCUAUGCCUUCCACCAAACAGAGGGAUGACAGGAGAUCCUUUUGAAGAACUUUCCACCUCUACCAAACGUCCCAGUCCUUUCGAGGCUCCAGACCAUCGGGAAGACCAAAGGAGAGCCUUUCCAACUGCUCCUUCGGCUAUAGACGGCGCAACCAGGUCAAGGGCCAACAACAACGCUUCUCCAACAGGUCUGGAUUUGGAACCCAGUUGCGAGCAAAUAAACACCAAUUUUGAUGCCAGCACCGCUGCACUGGGGGGCUGCCUCCAAUUAUUUGUUCAUCGUUGGAGGAAGACUUCAUCAGAUCCGUGGGUGCUGCAGAUCCUCUGGGAUGGACUACGGCUAGAAUUUACAACCUCCCCCCUCCAAGAUUUAUCCCUUCUCCUGUCUCUGGGGCUCCAAACAAAAGGGAGAGGAUUUAUCAAGCAGUCUCUCACCUACGGCAAAUCACAGCAAUGGAACCUGUCCUGGCAGGUUUUCAGGAAACUACUCACUCUUCUUUACAGUUGCGGAAAAAGACGGUUUGUACAGAGCGGUACUCAACCUGAAGAACUUGAACAACUACUUGAAAUACUGCAAGUUUCCCAUGGACACCUUGAUGACAGUCAAGGAGGCUCUGAGACAGGGAGACUUUCUGUCAUCAAUCGACUUGAAAGAAGCUUACCCACAUGUCCCCAUAUUCCCCCCUCACAGGUGCUACCUCAAAUUUGCAGUCGCGGACAGACACUUCCAGUACAGGGCUAUGCCCAUUCGCCUAUCAUCCACCCCCAGGGUUUUCACAAAAGUUGAAGUUGCCCUGGUAGCACACCUCAUGACACAGGGGGUCCAUGUGUUUCCCUACCUGGACGACUUCCUAAUUAGGUCCCCAUUGUUGCACAACACUUGGGAGGAUCUACACAUCACCUUGACAUGUUUAAAGGACCAUGGUUUCCUAAUCAAUCAAGCCAAGAGCCAACUGUGCCCUUCCAGAUGCAUAGUCCAUCUCGGAGCCACUAUAGACUCACAACAAGGAGUUAUAACUCUGGCACGAGACAGGAUCCACAAGAUAUACAUGGCAAUAUCACACCUCCCGACCUCCCCUUUAGUAGACCUCAUCCAACUUGCUGCAGCCCGGGGCUUAAUGGUCUCAAUCUUCCAAAUUACUCUAUGGGUGUGUUGCCACUCUUGUCCUCUACAGUGGGCACUGCUCCCCUUCCAGAUCAAGAUAGUAGCCAGACAGCACCUGAGACUGGAGCUGUCACCGGCGGUCCAUCAAUCCCUACUGGGGUGGAUACACGAACCUAAUCUACUGAAGGGCAUACUGUUGCAGGAUCCCCCUUGAACUCUCAUCACAUCAGAUGCAUGACAGGGACAGAUGGUUCAAGGAACCUGGUCACCUCAGGAAUCCUCUCCCCAUCAAUCUUCUGGAACUUUGCAUGAUUCAGCUGGCACUCAAACACUUUGUGGAGUCGCACCAGAUGGGGACGGUGCUUGUCAGGACAAUGUGUCAGCCAAGCCUCAUUUAAACCAUCAAGGGGGCACAUGCUCAGUCCACCUCCAAAAGGAAGCCUCACUUUUGUUCCAGUGGGCAGAGACCCAUCUGGACUCUGUCGUGGUAAAACACCUGAGAGGCGAAAACAAUGAGCAAGCAGACUGGUUGGACAAAAUUCUCUCAGGGAGAGUGGAAACUUCACCUGGAGGCCUUCCAUAAGAUGAUAGCACACUUCGGAAGAGUUGAGGUGGACCUCUUCACCACUCAUCUCAACCACCAGGUAAAAUGGUUCUUUGCUGGGUUUGCAACACCGGAGGCAGAAGGAAUAGACGCUCUGACGUCCCAGUGGACUGUAGAUCAACUAUAUGCCUUCCCGCCACUUCCAAUAAUUCCCAGGGUGGUCCAAAAGUUCUAAGCCGAGACAGCAACAGUUCUGUUGGUAGCUCCAUUCUGGCCAAGGAGGCCUUGGUUUCCGGAGCUCCUCAACCUAUCGGUCAAUCCUCCAUAGCAGAUUCCCCUCAGGGAGGACUUGUUGACUCAAGGACAGCUUCUACACCCAGACCCGGGGUGGCUAGCCCUUCAUGUCUGGAAAUUGAGAGGCAAUGUUUGCUAAAGAAAGGCAUUUCUCCUCCAGUUGUGGACACAAUGAUGGCCUCUUGACGUCUAUCCACCAUAAGGAUAUACGAAGGUAUGUGGAAGGCCUUCUCCACUGGGUGCAGAAGAACAACAUGGUUCUUAGGAAACCAGGUAUCACCGAGGUCCUCUCCUUCCUCCAAGAGGGUUUAUCAUUGGGACUCAGACCUAACACAUUGAAGUGCCAGGCUUCAGCUGUCUGGGUGAUCCUGUCCAGGUCCCUGGACAAUCCACUGGAAUCUCACCCCUUCCUCAAAUGUUUCCUUCAUGGAGCAACGAUGUCAGCACCACCUACAGUACAUCGUUACCCGACUUGGGACUUACAUAAAGUACUGACGGCCCUCUUUGUCUACUUUCCUUUAAAGUUCUGUUCCUUGUGGCCAUCACCUCAGCCCAUAGAGUAUCUGAGAUGAAUGCCCUGUCUGUCACUAAACACUACUGUGAGUUUCAUAAAGAGAGUGGUCCUCCGUACUGUCCCUUCCUUUCAUCGUAAAGUACUGUCUCACUUUCAUUGUCAGCAAGAGCUAAUGCUCCCUUCUUUUUGUCCCAACCCAGUCCAUCCCACAGCGAAGGCAUGGCACUCACUAGAUGUGCACAGAGCACUAAAAGUAUGUAUCUCCAAGAUAGAAUUCAUCCACAAGACAGACAGCUUGUUUGUGUCCUUUCAACCAGCUUCAUUAGGGAAUAAGGUGUCCACUUCAACACUAGCGAGGUGGAUUAAGGCAUGUAUCACACUAGCAUACGCCUCCCUGAGGCUGGCCCACCCAGCUGGAAUAGUGUCCCACUCCACUGAGAUGGCAGCCACAUCAGCGGCAUUUUUCCGCAAUGCUUCACUCCUAGAAAUUUGCAGGGCAGCUACAAGGGCUACUCCGAAUACAUUCAUCAAACAUCACAAAAUAAAUGCUUAUGUGUUAGCAGAGGUGGCCUUUGGGAGGAGAGUGCUACAGCACAUUCUCAAAGACUAAUAAUGUUUAACAGCCCAGCAAUAUUCCCACCCUACAUGGGUCAGCUUUGUUAUGUCCCACCUGAGAUUAUCUUUCCAUGUACAGGAGAAGAGACAUUUGGUUUUACCGUGAAACGGUCUUCUCUGCACAUGUCAAAGAUGAUCUCAGGGCCAUCCCCUAGGAGGGCUGAGCUGCCAACUUUCUUCCACAAUGGGCCUUUAUCAGAGAGUGUACCAGUGCUGUUUCUUCUUGUCUGAUGUUUUUUGUCGUUCCUAACAUGGCCUUUAACCAUAUAGUUGGCUUGUCAUCGAAAGAACGGUGGCAAAGGGCUACAGAGAGCAGAAAGUCCCUGCAAAAUUCAACAGCACUCUUUCUGCCUUCAACCGCUAGGUGGAGCUAGCUACUCACUUGACAUCAUCUUUGACAUGAACAGAGAAGACCAUUUCAUGGUAAGACCUAAUAUCUCUUUUGCAAAAUUUGUUCUGCUUGUGGCUCUCAGGAUCCAACCAAACAUAUUCUAGAGUUGUCCUAGUCUCCCUACUUACUGGGAGAGGGUUAUGGAAGAGCAUACAUACAUCUGUGCCUUACUACAACCCAGAGCCAUGUGUUGUACAAAGCUUUUUAUAUUCAGAGAUUCACAACCAUGACCGUAAUGUUUAUAAGACCUAGGGGUUGACCUAAAAACACAUAAUGCAGCAGCCUUGCAGAAUGAAGUUAAGCAGGUCCGGUCAGUGCCUUGAUAGGAAUGCAUGCUGCCUGACUUCCGUAACAGAAGGCAGGAUAUACAGGUAUUUCAGUUCCAAUACAUGCACUGAGAAACCCAAACAACUUUGAUACCAUUGAUAAGUUAUCUUAUAUACAAGUCUCUAGCUGUGUUGAGAAAUAAUACAAGAAUAAUUCUUUAGCUUGAAGAACAUUCCAGAAUCAGAAGCUGCCAGUAGCUUUCUGCUUUUACAAAGCAGAAGUGAUUGCAACUUUUUCCAUUUAUAGAAGAGUUUAAAAAGUAUGCUCAAAACCACUAUACCCUCUUAAAUUAUCCAGAUAGAGUAGACCCCUGGUAAUCACUUUUGAAACUUCGGUUCCUGAUUGGCAAAUCAAGUGUCACAGUAGUGAUGGAGUGGGACCUGUGUAUGUUCAGAAUAGCUCAGCUCAAUAGGACAGUGUCGCAGCAAGGACAGCAUUUAGAAAGCCAAUGAAAAUUCAUGUUCUUUACAGUGCAAUAAAGGUCAGGUUGACAUAGCUACUACAUUUAGUUUUAAUUUUUAAUCUAAAUUGAACUCUUGACCUGCCCAUAACCACAUGAAAAACUCUGAAAACUGGAACAUAUGACACAAAAUAUAAGCAGCCAACCUGUGAAAAUAGUGAUGUGCCUUAAAUCUAUUCAUGGAGUAGAAGCUAAGUUUUGCAACAGCCUCUCUGGUCAGCUGUAUAGUUUUUAACCAAAAGCUCAAAAAUGAAGAGAACAAGUAGUUUCCAGCUCUUCUUGCACUAUUGUUUUGUACAUUGCGUGCAAUUUUGUUUCCGCUGAACACACAUUUUUGAUCAUGAGAAGGCAUGCUGGGGUUGUGGUUUCAUAGUAGAUCAUGAACUUUAUUAGUUGACUAACUCUUUGCAUGUAAAUAUAAGACAAAUUCAGUAUAGGUCAUAUAAGAAUGAGAUACUCUCAUUUAAAAGUAUGUUGUAUUUUUUCUAUUCUUUUGCCGCUAAUUAUAUAUUCUCUGGUUUUAUUUUGUGCACAGAUGUUAAUAUAUUUAUGUAAUGUGAUGUGUAAAAGUUAUUCAUACAUUCAGUAGAUAGUUUACCUUGGUGCAAAGCUGUAUAAAAAUGCAAAGGGUUUUUAAAAUCUUACACAGAUUAUAAUUAUCAGAGUGUAUGGUAUGCUUUCUAAAUCAUAAUUUUCACUUAUUCUAUGAAAUGUCUCAUUUUCUAAAAUUCUGAAAGGCCAUUGAUUGUAGAGAAAACAAACUCAGUCAUUUAACAAGCCUUCACUUUAUAAAAAUUCUGCUAAGUGUUUGGUGAUGGGGGUGACAACUUGUAGGAAGUUACAUCAAACUCUGAUUAAAAUUAUUA